UCAAAAUUAUUUCAUGUCAGACAUAGCUGGUUUUACAACAAACCCAAAUUUUUCGGCAAAAAACUUCAAUUAUUUUAACAUGUUAUUUUCUUCUGACUUGAAUAUCCUUCGGAAACUAUAAAGCUAGCGCAGAAUAAACGGAAAACGCAACUCACAAGAGAGAAGAGAAGAGAAGAGAAGAAUUAGUUGAAACAAACAAUUGACAACAAUCAAUCAAAUCAAAAGGCCAAUUAGAGGAUUCCGAAUCGAAGAAGAGAAGAGAAGAAACCCACAACUGAAGUGUUAAACACAAGUAACUCGACAAGAUGGGCGAUGAAGGUGGCGGCAUGAGAGCUGGGGGCGAUCUCAAGUCCUUCUUAAUUGAUUUCAUGAUGGGCGGCGUAUCGGCCGCCAUUGCCAAGACCGCGGUGGCGCCCAUCGAGCGCGUCAAACUGAUUCUCCAGGUGCAGGAGGUAUCCAAACAGAUAGCACAGGAUCAGCGCUACAAGGGUAUUAUAGAUUGUUUUGUGCGCAUACCACGCGAACAGGGAUUUGCAUCAUUAUGGCGCGGCAACUUGGCCAAUGUGAUACGUUAUUUUCCAACACAGGCUCUCAACUUUGCCUUCAAGGAUGUGUACAAGUCGGUAUUUUUAGGUGGCGUCGAUAAAAAGAAACAAUUUUGGCGCCACUUCAUGGGCAAUUUGGCUUCUGGUGGCGCUGCCGGCGCCACAUCUUUGUGUUUUGUCUAUCCGCUGGACUUUGCUCGUACUCGUUUGGCUGCAGAUGUGGGCAAGGGAGGGCAGCGCGAGUUCAAUGGACUGAUCGACUGCCUCCGAAAGGUGGUGAAAUCGGAUGGACUGAUUGGACUGUAUCGCGGCUUUAUUGUGUCCGUGCAGGGCAUCGUUAUCUAUCGUGCCGCAUACUUUGGAUUCUACGAUACGUGUCGCGACCACUUGCCAAAUCCAAAGAAUACACCCUUCUACGUUAGCUGGGGCAUUGCCCAGGUGGUGACUACCAUUGCUGGCAUUGCAUCCUAUCCGUUUGAUACGGUCCGUCGUCGCAUGAUGAUGCAGUCGGGCCUGAAGAAAUCGGAAAUGGUCUAUAAAAAUACCGCCCACUGCUGGGUGGUGAUUGCCAAGCAGGAGGGCCUCGCUGCCUUUUUCAAGGGCGCCUUUUCCAAUGUCAUUCGCGGCACUGGCGGCGCCCUCGUCCUCGCUAUUUAUGAUGAAUUUAAGAAGUACGUUUAAAUUAUCCGCCCCCCGCCCCCCGCCACCCCCACACCCCACCCCCCUCCGGCCCCUGUCCCACGCCGUGGAUGUUCUGGAAAUAGCCCAUCAUCAUCAUCAUUAAAUAGACCCAAAAAACAAUGGAAUUAUCGAGAUCAGAAUUUGCCAAUCGCUUAUCGAAAUGCAUCUGCAUGAACUGUUACCCUACAACACCCCUCUACAGUGGAUCAAUGUGAUUUUGGCCUUGUUUUCUUUUUCUUUUUUUUUUUGUGGCUAUUUCAGAAAUUUACCAUAAAUUGACAGUGUAAUGAAGGAUAUUAAAAUUAACUCAAUAACUGCGCAGCUAA